AUGGAGAAGAGAGAGAUUGGUAAGCACUUGGUUGUGAACAAGAAUUCCAUCGCAGAACCAUUAGUGUUUGAUACACAAUGGGAAAACGAUGGCGCAACAAACAGCGAAGACAGAAACUUCGAGGCAUUCGGAGACUUGGCUGAUAAUCACGAUCAAAAAUUGUAUCAGUUCCAUAAACUGACGGCCUGGGAAGAACGUUGUCUUGAGUUCUUCAGCGAAGUUGCAUUACCUUUGCGCCCGAAACGACGACUAAGUUUUCCUGUCAUAAGCAACGACAUGAAUGGGGAAAAGAGUUACGUAAUCGAAAGUUUGGGCUCAUUUUCGUCCACCGCAGGGUGCGUGAACUAUGAAACGGAAUAUAGUGCAACAAUGAAUGGUACAAUUGAGGAGAGGAACAAUUUACUUUCACAGACAAAGUUUAAAAAUCAGCAGAGUGAGGAGAAGAAGUCAAAGCCAACAAGGACAUCAGCUUUACCGCCUCUGGUAGAAGGUAAAUACAGUAACUGUCCUUCGACAGAGAUUGGACAGUAUUCUGUCGGAGAAUUUUCAGGGAGGAAGAAGGAGUUUGAUGUCCCAGCCCUAGUCUUAUCUCAGGCGGAAGAUGAGUUCAAAGAUAAAGCGAGUUUAAAACUUCCUAAGAUAGAAUCAGCUGCUCGUCUGGAAUCUGGUCAUCUUCAUAUACCGGCAUUAUCUGCACCAGAACCGCCGAACAGACUGGCUGUCCCCGGCUUCAUUGAACCUUUCAAGUCAUUCAGACCUCCUGUACUACCGCUGUUAGAAGAUAAGAACUCAAGAAUGGGUUCCUUUCGGUUACCGCUUUUAGGAACACGAGAUGCUGUGUCAAGAAUAUGUGAUAAGAAUGAAAAAGAACCCAACACAAAGAAUCUCCCGUCUUAA